AUGGAGAACAAGCAACUGUUGCAGGGACCCGACCAAGGGCGCUUCUACACCGUUCACGAAAGCAAUGUACACGGUGAAAAAAAUUUUAACAAGGAGAAUGAUGAAGUGGGAAGACCACAGGGUAAGAUGCAGUCCAAUGAACAGGUACAGAAGACAAAUAAGUUGGACCUCUCUGAAUGCAAAAUUAUGGAGUCAGAUAUACCGGGGGGGUGUCCAGGAGGACUAAUCGACGCAAGUGACAUGAUGGGUGAGAAGGAGGUUUUUUUUUUGGGGAGCUCGGCCACAUGUGCAGGGAGAAGUGGCGAGGAGGGAGGAAGUGACCGGGACGAUGGUUGUCAUGUGGGUACCAUCCCGGCAGACAAAAGUGUGAAAGGUUACCAGCGGGGAUAUCAGAAUUGUUCUACCCCUAUGUGUAGUGUCCAAGCGGACUGUUACGUAAGGGCGUGCGAGUCAAAUUACCUGUACAGUUCAGGCGAGGAAGUGACCAAGCAUGGAAAAGUAAAUCUCUCUUAUGUGAAUGAUAGAAAGGAUAACCAUCACACCAAGUCGAAAGUAAUGACACCUGAUCAUUCUAAUGAUAAAACGACAAGGGAGGAGGACAUACAUAUGAGCAGUUUUGUAUACGAGGGAGGUGGUCACCUCAAUUUCAGAAAGAAUUCUCCCCCUUAUCCCACUGACCCAUUGAAGAAUGGAAGUGGUCUAGAAAAUAAUUUCCACACAAGCCUACCUGGUAGCAAUAUUAACAGCGAUAAAAUGACCUUCUCGUGUGAAGGCGCCAACUCUUUAUAUGAGGGGAAUGUAGUACCCCUGCACCACCAACGUAACAGUGCUGAAUGGGGGGGGAGUACCCCCAACAUACACAACACUAUAAAGGGGAAGAAAUGCAAAACAAAUGAUAUGAAGAAAGAGAGUGCACAUGGGGGAAGAACGAAUUACACGAUGGGUGUAGUAGGCCCCCCCAAUGAGGUGAAGAAUAAUUGUUUCAUUCAUUCAGGACAGUCUAAUGGAGGAGAGGAAGGGGAUCAAUACUUCAUUGAGAAUGGAACGGUAUCCCUGCGAGGCUGUGUAGAAUAUUAUAACAGAGUUCCUAACAGCCGAGUGGAGGAGAAUGUUACUGGGUUGGCUAAGUUACAUCAGAAGGAAGCAAAUGUGAAAUUGUUAUAUGGGGGAGAAAUUAUUAACACACAAGGGGAGGUGAGUAGGGGAGGAUUCCUGCCAAAUGACGAGCAUUCAGAGCACCACCCGCUGCCCAUUCAUCAGGAUGAGGAGAAGCUCCCCUCUGGCGAUAAGCGCGUGCGGGUGGUUUCCCGCAGGAAGAGCAAUGACCAUGAAGGGGGGCUUCACCAACACAACAACCGCACCCGUGGCUGCGGCGACUCGCAUGGGCAUCUCUUCUCUGAUGACGCAAACAGCGGAUCGACUUCCAAUCAACACCACAUACAAAGGAGAGGCAAUAGGAGUGGUGCCCCCCUGAGCGACUACGAAUAUGUGAACCUCCACCAUUUAAGUACAAACAGGAAAGCAGAAGACAUCAUCAAUAGCUUCCCCUUCAGUGCAUACGAUCCCAAUUGGGGACCCGAAAGACACAGAGUCGGUAUGUGUGACGAAGGGACAAACGUCUUUUCAAAUUAUCACUUUAUGAACAUGCAAGGGGGGAGGGAGCUUGUCGCAAUUAAUAAUCACACAACGUGUAGUAGGUCCGUGGGAGGAGAUCAUCCUGGUGGAAGAUACUUCGAGGGGACCGAAAGGUAUGACGCCAAUUGUGUAAUGCCUAGACAAGCAUGUCGGGGCGGUGAAAAGAGCACUAGUGGUAAUGUGUUUGCAGAUGGAGAAAUGUACACGCAGGGGGGACAAGACGAGGAGACCCAUCUCGCAGAAGGAAAUAUACACACGUCCGUUAUAAGAACAGAUGAACAAAUGCUAAACAGUAACCAUGUACCCUUUAGCAGUGACAAGGUACAGCUUAAUGAGUACAAUUGUGUUAAUAAUUUAAGGGGGAAAAAAUCUUCGCAUGACUUCAGUAGUUUAGUGAAGACCCAUGAGGAAGACUCGUUUAGUAUGGUUGCACCCCCUGCUGGUAACUCACCUCAGAAUGACUCCUAUGAGGGUGACGAUUUAAUAUUCACAAAAGGGGAGUUGGAAGAGGAUUUCUUUUUUGAUCAAGUGCUGGGUGGGCUUGGCCCUUCUGCAGCACGCGAAGGGGGAGGUGCCACCAAUGGCACGAUGGAUGGUGAGAACUGCGCAGAUGAUAUUCUUCAACAUCGCGGCGAUCACUUUAAUAGUAACGCACUAAAGGAAAAUGAUAAUUCGUGUAACUUAAUAUACAGCAACAGCGGCACCACCAACGUAAGUUGUAAUGCCCUCGAAAGCAACCAGGUGGUGAAGUGUAACGACGCAGCUAACCUGAUGAUGGAAAAUGGGAUCUUUAAGGACGGUGCGAAAAGGCCGCUAGGGGGAGGGGUAGAAGUGGGAGUAGCAGCGGGAGCGGCAGCGGAAGCGUCCGCGGCGGCAGGAGAAGAAGACGGGGCGACCCAUCAUCCACGUGACCACAGCCUAAUCGAUGAUGACUUCAACUUAUACAUUAGUAAUGAGGACCUCAACUUUGCAAAUAUAUGUUCCACCACUAGGGGUCUACUAGAUGAAGUUACAAACGGUGUGGAAAAUACUGGGGCUCCUUUCUACCCUGAUGAAACAAGUACAAAUGAUAAAGCCGAUGGUGAUUAUCUAGGUGAUGCACCAGACGACGACCAGGAAGAUGUGUGGAGGAACUUGCUGUUCAAUGACUCCUUCCUGCACAUGAAUGACCUGGAGAGUCUAACCAAGGAACCCUCCAUUUCCUCCAAAGCAGAGCCAGUUUUCUCUACCAACUGCUAUAGCACCUGUGCAGGCGAAAGUGCUGACAAUGAUUCCUUCAUGACAUACAUAAAAAAGUUCCUGAAGAAUAAUUACCUAAAUGACCACAAGAAUUACAUGGAGUUGUAUUACCAGACGGAGGGGGGAGGUGAAGUGCCAGCGGAAGGAGACGCCCCCUCGAGUGCGAACUACCUGAUCGAUUUACACCCCGCCGGUCGGCAGGGAGAAAACACCCACACGGGUUAUCACGUAAAUUCGCACGCAGACGCUCGCGCGGACUCUCACGUGGACUCUCGCGUAGAAUAUCAUGCUGGUCCCCACUUGGGUGCUGACUUCAGCUUUGAUGUGGAGCCCCAGAGCGACGGCGUCAACGGUGCACUGACACUGGGGGGAGGAAUUGCACCCUUCGACACAGAUAAGGUGAACAGCAUAAAAAAACAAGACGAGGGGGACUACCCUGUAGAAAACUUUGCAUGUGAUUCAUGUAUAAAUCACGUCUUCAAAUCGUUGGACCAGACCCAUAAUGAUGAUAAUAAUGUCCUGACCUCCCAUGCUGGGGGUCUCGUUAAUCCGCACUAUGACGCGGCAGACAUUCCUGUCGAGCAGGUGGAGCAGAUGGCCUACUCUAGUGUUUACAAUUGGGUUCAGGAGGCAGAACAUGACAUGGAAGGGGAUAAGGGUCAGGUGGAAACCAAGGUUAGCAGCAUCGUGUCCGGUGAGAAGUACGCCGAGAAGUACCCUGAGAAGUACAGUGAUGGAAGGCGAAUCGACGGCAUGGGUCGCUCUCACGGAGGGGGAGGCGCGCCCUCGAAGGAGGUGAAUGUGAACAGCGCAGCCAAUUCCACCAACGGGACUAACAUGGCUAACGUGGCUAACAUGACCAACCAGCGCGAGGACAAACGCGAGUAUCGCGAGGACGAAGAAAACGUCUUUCUGCGAGGAGAAGAAAACUGGGUCCCGGGACCCAUGACCCAGUACGCGGCCAGAACGGACGCAUCGACACGUGUGGACUACAGCGACAUCCGAAGUGAUGUUGGAGUAAACCAGUUUAAGGACAAGACCAGGAACACAGGCAGGUGCUCGAAGGGAGAUAACGUGUACUGCACGCAACAACCCCCCUUCCUGAACCCUACUACGUUGAAGAAAAAAGAGGAAAACGAUCCCUUUUCCUCGUGCGACAAGAAAAGAACUAUGCACAGGGUACACGAUCACAACAACGCAGCUCCGUUGGCGGAUUGCCUACCCUACAGUGACAACUUCACACCUUACCUUCCGAACCACCUUUAUGAAGAAAAAAUGAACAACCGGGAUGAUAGCAUGAAGGCAAACAAAGGAAUGUUUACUGAUGCAGAUUUUUACGUAGAACCACGUGGUGUGUAUUCUAUGGCUAGCUGUUACGAUCCAGUCACUUCAUCCAUUAGACAAAGAAAUAAUAUGAAGGGAAACAAAUCAGAUGAGAAGAACCCACAUGGAGUUGUUCGUGGGAGAAUGUUUCUAAGCAACCGACGAGGGGGGGGGAAUGGUACCAUCAUGACUGAUGGGCUGAGUACCCCCUCCAUGGGAACACCAAUGAAUGGGCACAACUUCAACGCCUACAUGGCAAACGCGAGGGGCUCCGCAGUAACGGGGUCAUCCGCGUCACCUGCACCAGCGGCGGCGGGAAGUGCGAUGCUUAAGUACAGCGAGCCGCUAACUCCACACCACGUGGAUGAUAAAAUGAUGAAGUUUUUUUUUAGUGGCGAUGGAAAGGAGAUGGGCGCUCAAAAGUCGCACCGCGAUUGGGCCAUGUUCCAGGGGCCCUGCGGCACACGCAACAUAGCGAAUGUGGCAAAUGGACCCAUGCCCCCGUGCAACAGCCCCUUUGGAGGCAUGCUACCCUCAGACGGGGAAGACCAUGAUGAUAACAAUAGCCUUAAGCAGGAGACCAGUCAACAGAAUGAACACAUUUCAUUUGAAAACGAACAUUUUAAUAAUCUCACCAACUGCAUUAACACCACAGAAAAGUACAGCAGAAGUUUACCCCUCGAUGAGAAGAACUGCUCAAUGGGGAUGAACUUGCCCAAGGGGGGUGGGGUGGGUGGCAUCCCAAGGAAGAAGGACACAGACCAUAAUACACAAAUGAUCAGGGCGAUGAAGACACUAAACAGUUACAAAAAAGCAUUUGAUCACGCCAGUUUUAUUGGUAAAGGGGGCUCCAACCAGGGGAAGGGAUACGGUGCGUUGGGUGGUAGCGGCGUGGAUGGCGGCUUCGAUAAUGGCUUCCAUAACGGCUCGCAAAAUGGUUUGCAGAACGGCCCGGACAGGGGCGUGUACGGCAGGAGGUUACAGAGCCCGUACCAUUACCACUCGAGUUAUACCCCCGACGCCAUGAGCUGCGGCAGUAGCGCUGUUGGAGGUCACGGGUUCAACUCGCAUCAGUUCGCCAACUACCAAAAUGGGGCCGACAGGGAUAGGGAGAGCAAAGGUCAACACAUGCAUGUGGGAGCCCACCUGGGGGUAACUAUGGGUACGCCUCUAAUCCCCAGUAUGAGCACUCAUCACCCCCAUGCGCCACCUCACCAUCAGACCGUCCGAAGUUGUAACGACCCGAAGGGAAAGAAGUACACCAAUGGCAAUGUCGGUGCCGUGGGGGAUUUUGGUGGCAGCCUGUUGGGUGCGAACGGCAGGGGGGGGGUGAUGGGCGGAGUGACCUCCCCCCCCACCAACAGCUUUGCCAAUACAACCCUAAUGAACAGCACGCACAUGAUGGAUUACAGCUUCCCCACCAAGGGGGGUACCCCCGCCUCCCGAUGUAUAUCAGACGGAGCAUCGCUAGAGGCACAUAAUAUAAACAGCCAAACGAUGAAAUUCAAUAACGUCCUCUUGUCUAGCUACUUCAGCAACGGUUCCCUCAUCAUGGAGAAUAACGGUGGGGGGUACAAGAACAAAAUGAGUAGCGAUGACGGGGGUUGCAACUUAGUGGAAAAGAUUAAGGCGUAUGAAAAAAUGAAGUCCGAUUCGAAGGUGCAGAAUGGCAGCUUUGCAUACGACGGUGGGAAGGGCAAGGAACAGACAGGAGCCUCUCAUAAGGGGGCCAACGUCGAUGGGGGGAUCUGCGGAAAUGGUAUUAUUGGGAGUGGAGCAAAUGGAAUUAUUGCGAGCGCAGCAAAUGGAAACAUGCACACGAACGUUCAUGUCGGUGGUCACCCCAACGCCCAAUCGAGUAGAGGCAGCAGCGCUAAUGGAGAGGGUCACCCCAAGGACAACGGUGCCCUGCACUACGACGAGAAGGAAAAGAUGCUUCCCAAGGAUGCAACCAAAUUUGGGGACAAGCUAAGUCUUGCUAAUGGAAAAAAUUUCAACAAUAUAAAAAAUAAUUACCACGUACCCAAUGAGUCGUCUCUUCCUUCAGACAAUUUUGUGGUUAUUAAAAAGUACACAGCAAAGUACGAGAUGCAAAUAGAUCCCUUCAAUGGAUUUGACAUUGCGAAACGAAUUAUCGGGCUUAAGGGAACCAACAUGAAAAAGAUUUGCAUCGACACGGAUUGCAAAUUAAGGUUAAGAGGUAGGGGUUCAGGGUACUUGGAAGGGGAGGAGAAAAAGGAAGCCAAUGAAUCUCUGCACCUGUGUGUGUCCUGCCAAAAGUAUGAUCACUAUGUAUUAGCGAAGAAGCUCAUCGAGCAACUGCUUGUUAAAAUUUACAUGGACUACGACACAUGGCUGUACAACCAUGGGAAGCCCUACGCGAACCUGAAGCCGAAGACGUAUGAGAAGUUCAUUCCCCUCUUUAAGUUCCACCAGAACGGCAACGGGAAGCAGCAGAACGUGAACCAAAACUGA